AUGGCUGAUGAGGGAUACUGUACACCUAGGUUCCCACCGCAGCUUGAAUAUUACCAGAUAUACCGUGGAAACUCUACCGCUGGGGACCUUCUGUCAGCCUUUGAGCUCCUCCAGAUUGGCCCAUCUGGAAAAUCUGAUCUUCCACCUAUUGAUGGACCAACAGACAUGGAGAGAGGACCCAUCCUUCCAGUCCCAAUGGGUAUCCGUCCCGUUCUCAGUAAAUAUAGAGUUGAGAUCCUCUUCUGGGGAUUGAGAGACCUAAAGAGAGUGAAUCUUGCUCAGGUGGACAGGCCAAGGGUGGACAUUGAGUGUGCAGGAAAAGGAGUGCAGUCUGCCCUCAUUCAGAACUACAAGAAGAAUCCGAACUUCAGCACUUUGGUGAAAUGGUUUGAAGUGGAUCUCCCAGAAAAUGAACUGCUACAUCCACCUUUGAAUAUUCGUGUAGUGGAUUGCCGUGCAUUUGGCAGAUACACCCUGGUGGGCUCCCAUGCUGUCAGCUCACUGCGUAAAUUUAUCUACCGUCCCCCAGACAAGAAGUCUCAGCAGUGGAAUACCACCGCUAAAUUGAUGAGUGGCUAUAUGGCACUGGCCAACGGAGGGCCCUACUCUCGCCCCACAGGUGAAAUUGUUGUCAAUAUGGAGCCUGAGGUGCCCAUUAAGAAGAUGGAGACCAUGGUCAAACUAGAGGCGAGUGAAGAGGAGAAAGAAAAGAAGAAGAAAAAGAAGAAAGGGGAAGAGAUUGAAGAAGAGGAGCCAGAUGAGAGCAUGCUGGACUGGUGGUCCAAGUACUUUGCUUCCAUUGAGACACUGAAAGAGCAAUUACGCCAGCAAGAAGCCGCAGCGGCAGAAGCUGAGGAGAAGGAGGAGAUGGAAAUCGCAGAGGAGAUCAAAAUUGAUGAAUCUCCCAUGAAAGGCGCCAAGGGUCAGGUGAAGAACAAAGAAAAAGUCAAAGUGCCCAAAGAGGACAAGAAAAAGAAGCAACAAGCCGAGCAAGCGGAGAAGAAGAACAAGCAGAAGAUUGAUGAGUUAAAGGUCUUCAACAAAGAACUAGAAACUGAAUUUGACAAUUUUGAAGACUGGCUGCACACAUUCAACUUACUAAGAGGGAAGAUCGGGGAUGAUGAUGACACAGUCAGCGAGGAGGAGCGUAUAGUCGGGAGGUUUAAAGGUUCUAUGUGUGUGUACAAGGUUCCACUACCUGAUGAUAUCACCAAAGAAGCUGGCUAUGACCCCAACUUUGGCAUGUUCCAAGGAAUUCCCAGUAAUGAUCCAAUGAAUGUGCUAGUACGAGUCUACGUUGUCAGGGCUACAGAUUUACAUCCUGCUGACAUCAAUGGGAAAGCUGAUCCUUAUGUUGUUAUAAAACUGGGCAAAACUGAUAUCAAAGACAAAGAGAACUACAUCUCCAAACAACUAAAUCCUGUCUUUGGAAAGUCAUUUGACAUUGAGGCCACAUUCCCCAUGGAGUCUAUGCUAACAGUGGCAGUUUAUGAUUGGGACUUGGUGGGGACUGAUGACUUGAUUGGAGAGACCAAGAUCGAUUUGGAGAACCGUUAUUACAGCAAGCACAGAGCGACAUGUGGGAUUUCACAGACAUACGCCAUACAUGGUUAUAAUAUGUGGAGAGAUCCCAUGAAACCUACCCAGAUCAUGUCCAAACUCUGCAAAGAAGGGAAAAUUGAUGGUCCCCACUAUGGCCCUGGAGGACGAGUCAAAGUUCUAAAUCGUGUCUUCACUGGUCCCACUGAGAUUGAAGAUGAAAAUGGUCAGAAGAAACAAACAGACGAACAUUUGGCCCUUUCGGUUCUUCAGCACUGGGAGGAGAUCCCGCGAGUUGGCUGCAGGUUGAUUCCAGAACAUGUAGAGACACGACCCUUGCUAAAUCCAGACAAGCCAGGAAUUGAACAGGGUCGUAUAGAAAUGUGGGUAGAUAUGUUCCCCAUGGACAUGCCAGCUCCAGGUCCUGCCAUUGAUAUCUCUCCAAGGAAACCAAAAAGAUACGAGCUUAGAGUGAUAAUUUGGAAUACCGAUGAGGUAAUCCUGGAAGAUGAUGAUUACUUCACAGGAGAAAAGUCUAGUGACAUUUUUGUCAGGGGGUGGCUGAAGGGACAACAGGAGGAUAAGCAAGACACAGAUGUCCACUAUCACUCUCUUACUGGUGAAGGCAACUUCAACUGGAGGUUCAUCUUUCCAUUUGAUUAUCUGGUGGCUGAGGAAAAGAUUGUCAUCUCCAAGAAGGAGUCAAUGUUCUCCUGGGAUGAGACGGAGUACAAGAUUCCAGCACGCCUUACCCUACAAGUCUGGGAUGCCGACCACUUCUCUGCUGAUGACUUCCUGGGCGCCAUCGAGUUAGACUUGAACCGUUUCCCUAGAGGAGCAAAGACGGCGAAGCAAUGCUCCAUAGACAUGGUGGCACCUGAGGUGGAUUUGCCAAUGGUCUCUAUCUUCAAACAGAAGAGGGUGAAAGGAUGGUGGCCAUUCGUUGCCAGAAAUGAAAAUGAUGAACUUGAACUCACUGGUAAAGUGGAGGCAGAGCUCCACCUACUAACAGCGGAAGAGGCGGAGAAAUCACCGGCUGGUCUCGGACGCAAUGAGCCGGAUCCUCUUGAAAAACCAAAUCGGCCUGACACAUCUUUCAUCUGGUUCCUUAACCCGCUUAAGUCCAUCAAGUACCUCAUCUGUAAUCGCUACAAGUGGCUCAUCAUUAAGAUCGUCUUGGCCUUGCUGCUACUGGCGAUGGUGGCACUCUUCCUGUACAGCAUGCCAGGCUACAUGGUCAAGAAGCUGCUGGGAGCAUGA